AUGUUCCAGACAUACAUGUUCGAGUGGAGGAAGGAUUGGAAGAUCAAAGCCCUAUCCCUCUCAGGAAGCCCCUUAUGCCGUCCUCUGCUCCAAAUGGAGAAACAUCAACGCAGCUUUUAUAUACAUGGAGUGACCCUGGGCCUCGAGCACUUUGGGAAAAGUGCAACAGGCGUGGCACGGGCACUGCUUAACACGGUGUUCACACCACAAGCCCUCGUGUCCUGCUCAGUCAAAGGGAACCGGGCCAAGGGUGCCCAUCGCCCGUGUGAGCAACGGCCUCCACUCCACCCUGGAGCACUUCAAGCUAUUUUGUCAUACACGAGGGCCUUCUCAGCAAAGAAGGGCGUGGACUUCAACGAGAAGGUGGUGUUGCUGUCCAUUGGGACAAAGCUAAGUGAGCUGAGAAGCGAGAAGGCAAAGCGCCAGAUGUAG